GUGGGGUAAAGUGUGGGUGCUACCAUUUCUUCCAAAACGGCCGACCAGCGUGGCCAAAUAUUCUCUACGUGGACUCUGCACAGCUAUUUAUAGUGGAGCCCCUACCACCAGCAAUUCUAGGGCUGCACCUUUAACUUCUUACAUUUUAGAAGCUCCUUAGUAGCGGGUUGCUCAGAAGAUGUUGCUCCAGUUUUCUCAUAAAGUAAACUUGCACGGAGCCAUAAAGACCCCUGCUACUUUGUGUGCUAAGAAUUCAGGCAGCUGGCAGAUUUACCCCUUCAAAGAAUGUAGCUCCAAUGCCCCCCUAUGGGUUUCACUGGUGAUGUGUCUUCCGCUAUAGGGUGAGGAUAGCAAGAGCCCAGAAAGAGAGACAGUCAACCCUCGGAGUGGCCACCACGGCUUCGUUAUGGACCCCUCGCCAGCACGCUCUCCCCACGGCCCUGUCUGCCCUGCGCUGGAGCAAAACUCGGAGGACAUUUCUCCCGGGACCGGCGUGGAGAAGGGAAUCAUUACGGGAGGCCACGCGCUUCACAACAAUAUAACGGCAUCGACGCCCGAGCCUUGCCCGGCGAACACAGAAGACCCUGCGGUGGCUGCGAGCGUGAACCUGACGGAUUGCGACGGUGUCCCGCAGGAGAGUGGAGAGCAAUGGCACGGGAUUGAAAGUGAGCGGGAAUGGCUUCCCGCUCCUGAAUGCAACUCGAGCGAGACGCGACAGCCAGUGGAUCCGGGUGACGGCGACCAACAGCUGGAGGCAGAUACAAACGGACACACUGCAGCUCGAGUGAGGCUCCUGCCAUCGCCUAAUGAAAAGUGGAGUUCCGCACAGUCCGUCCGCCCCGAUCCUGCAGCUGGACGACCAAACGACUUCGCCCGCGCUGGUGCCCGCGCCCGGCUCUCGUCGCCGGCGUCGCGGCCACAGCGUGAACGGGUGUACGCAGGCCUUGUGAGGUUCCACGAGUCUCUGAGCCACGUGCUGCGAGAGUCAGGGACUGCUGCAGAGGAACUGCUGCCUCCUGUCCCGGCCAUGGAGUUCAUUUCUGGGGAGUUACCGGCACUGCCCUGUAGGCUUGAGCUCUACAGCCAACAGCUUCUGACGAGCGCUCUCACAGGCAUGGUUGUCACCUCAUCUAAACUAUGAACUGUUUUUAUUUUACCAGGUAAGCCCCAACUGAGCUAUAUAGCUCUUUUUUUCAGAAGCGAACUGGCCACAAAUGAUGGCUC